AUGAAAGAAGAACUAAAAGAUAUAAUUGGUAAACAUAUUGUAUAUACCUAUGGUGAUUUAGGUAAAUAUGAAGCAUACUAUCAAUCUGAAGAUGUAGUUGUUUAUGCUAUACAUGGAGGACCUAUGAAAGGCAGAUACAAUUAUGUAAAAGCUUAUUAUCAAAAAAUUAGAGAUAAUCUAUUUAACGUAUCUUGGGUUGAAGAAACUGGUACAAUUGUAACAACAACUGUUGAUCUUGAUCAAAAAAGGGUCCACGGUUUUAUCGCAUUCAGUCAAGGGCAUUGGGAAAAUAAUGAAGAUGCACAUGGUGAUAAAAGAAAUAUGAAAGAUUUAGAAAGAUGGAGAAAAUUGUCUAAAAUAGGUGAUCAUACUACUAGACAUAUACAUUUGGAUGAGGCGCAUAUUAUUGACAUAUUUGAAGGUCCAGGCGAUUUAAAACAAGUUACAAAUGAUAUGCUUUUUUUUUAA